AUGUCCCACCACUUGUUCUUGCUUUCGCCGACAGACACGCCCUUGUACAGUCUCACUCAUUACUCGUCGAAGCCGACGCAGAGCACGCCGUCGCCGCUCGCGUCCAACCUGCCGUCAUGGUCGACCUCUGCCUUUGCCGGCACGCUCACUGCUUUGUCCGGUGCCUCGAGCGCGACACAGGCCCACCACGCGCAGGGCGGUGCGGUGCGCCUCGGUGGCGGCCAGGAUCGGCACGUCAUACAGAUGAUCGCGAACGCGAGCUUGGACGUAAUCGAGGAGGUGAUGAGGAGAGACAGCGCCAUGUACCUCAAGUCUGUGGACAAAUUUAAUGAAUGGACGGUCUCAGCUUUUGUGACCCCGGGCAAUUUCAAGUUCAUCCUGCUGCACGAAUCAAAAAACGACGAUGGCAUCAGAUCGUUCUUCAACGAGGUCUGGGAGCUGUAUGUCAAGACGCUGCUAAAUCCGUUCCACACGAUGCAUACGCCGAUCCGCAGCCCAGUGUUCGAUAGCAGGGUGCGAGCCAGCGCGAAGAAGUACCUGUGA